GAGGUGAAAUUGGAUAGACCAGAAGCCAAAAAUGCGAUUGGGAAGGUCAUGUUAAGUGGAUUACGACAUAGUCUGGAAGCUAUUAAUGUGGAUUCUUCAGCAAAUGUUGUCAUCAUCUCAAGCUCAGUUCCUGGGAUGUUUUGUGCCGGUGCUGAUUUAGUCUGUAAAUUGUCCUGGCAGGAGCGCAGGACAAUGAGUCAAUCUGACACCCGGGAUUUUGUCAACUCUCUGCGUUGCACAUACACAUUCUUAGAGGGACUUUCCAUUCCCACAAUUGCUGUUAUUGAAGGAGCCGCACUUGGUGGUGGGCUUGAAAUGGCUCUUUCAUGUGAUCUUCGGAUUUGCGGUGAAGCUGCAGUAUUUGGCUUGCCAGAGACAGGACUCGCUGUAAUUCCGGGUGCAGGUGGAACCCAGCGUCUUCCUAGAAUAGUUGGAAAAUCAGCUGCCAAGGAACUCAUUUUCACUAGAAGAUGA